AUGAGUGGUCAAACCCCCUCUGCUGGUCCUGUGACCAUCGUGGUCGAGCAUCUGGACCCCGAAUUGGGCGCUUGGUCCACUCUGGAGUAUGGCUGCAUCGCCCGCGAAGCGCAUGCCUCGGGGAGCAGAUUUCUGCUUAGCUCGGUGCCCACCUCCCUGCAGAUGCCGGAGGAGCUGGCAGCUACCCCCGGCCUGAAUGUCGAGCAUCGCAGCGUCGAGGAGAUUUUUGCGGAUCGCAAGUCCCGGGUCUGCUUGCUGGACCCUUCCGCAUCGGUGGAAUUGAGCCCCGCUGAUGCUGAGACGUUCGAUGUCUUCCUGUUUGGUGGUAUUCUGGACCGCACAUCUGAGUUGCGAAAGAAGGGUUAUGCCGGCCGAAGGCUGGGACCUGUCCAGAUGACGACCGAUACGGCUGUGCGUGUUACGCGCCUGGUUGUGCAUGACAAGAUUCCUUUGGAGAAGAUCCCCUACGUUGAUCACCCCGAGAUCCUCAUCAACGAGCACGAACGCACUGAGAUGCCCUUCCGCUACGUGACGGGAGAGGACGGCCAGCCCAUCAUGCCUCCGGGCAUGGUAGACUUGAUCAAGAAAGAUGCCGAUCAGGCGAUGUCGACAUGGGCUCUGUCAACCCUCCUUCUCCUGAGUCCGGCGGUCGUCUCGGCCAAGUCCGCAGCUGAUUACUACAUUCACUCACUACCUGGUGCUCCCGAUGGCCCCUUGUUGAAGAUGCAUGCUGGACAUGUCGAGGUCGACGCGCAAAGCAAUGGACACCUCUUUUUCUGGCACUACCAGAAUCGGCACAUCGCUAACCGCCAACGGACCGUGGUGUGGCUGAACGGUGGACCGGGAUGUUCGUCCAUGGACGGCGCGUUAAUGGAGGUUGGUCCAUAUCGACUGAAGGACAACCAUACACUGGAGUACAAUGAAGGCUCGUGGGACGAGUUCGCCAAUCUGCUCUUCGUCGAUAACCCGGUCGGAACGGGAUUCAGCUACGUCAACACCGACAGCUAUAUUCACGAACUCGACACGAUGGCGGCACAGUUUGUGGUCUUUCUGGAGGAGUGGUUCAAGCUGUUCCCGGAGUACGAAAGUGACGAUAUCUACCUUGCGGGCGAGUCCUACGCUGGACAGCACAUUCCCUAUAUCGCCAAAGCCAUGCAAGAACGCAACAAGAAUGUCACCGGCACCAACACAGCGCAGUGGCAAUUGAAGGGUCUUCUGAUUGGCAACGGUUGGAUCGCUCCCGAGGAGCACUACAUGUCCUAUCUGCCAUUCGCAUACGAAGAGGGCCUUAUCGAGGAAGGUAGCUCGGCCGCCAAGGAGCUUGAGGUGCUACAGUCCGUCUGCCAGUCUCGAUUGGACGUGGGCAAGGACAGAAUUCACGUCAACGACUGCGAGAAGAUUUUGAACGGGAUUUUGGAUAGGACGAUCGAAAACAACCAGUGCUACAAUAUGUAUGACAUCCGCCUGCGCGACAGUUUGGACGCAUGCGGGAUGAACUGGCCGACGGACUUGGUGGAUGUGAAGCCGUACUUGCAGCGACAGGAUGUGGUGGCGGCGCUUCACAUCGACCCGGCGAAGAAGUCAGGCUGGACCGAAUGUUCUGGCGCAGUCAGCAGCAACUUCAACCCCCAGAGAUCCGUGCCGUCCGUGCGACUCCUCCCCGAGCUUUUGGAAUCGGGUAUCGAAAUCCUUCUUUUCAGUGGUGAGAAGGACUUGAUCUGCAACCAUGUUGGUACCGAACAGAUGAUCAACAACCUGAAAUGGGGUGGCGGUACCGGCUUUGAAACCUCACCGGGCGUCUGGGCUCCCCGACACGACUGGACUUUCGAGGGCGAGCCGACGGGUAUCUAUCAGUACGCGCGGAACCUGACCUACGUGCUUAUCUACAACUCCAGCCACAUGGUGCCCUACGAUCUCCCCCGCCAAACUCGUGACAUGCUCGACCGCUUUAUGAACGUGGAUAUCGCCAACAUCGGUGGCAACCCUACCGAUUCACGCAUCGACGGCGAGAAGCUGCCCCAGACCUCGGUGGGCGGCCACCCCAACAGCACCGCAGCCGAGGAACAGGAGAAGCAGAGACUCAAAGAGACGGAGUGGAAGGCCUAUGCCAAGUCUGGCGAGGCCGUCCUGGUCGUCGUUAUCAUCGGAGUCAUCGUAUGGGGCUUCUUCAUCUGGCGCAGCCGACAGCGCCAUCACGGCUACCGGGGCGUCAUGCAGAAGAAUAUGAGCAGCCACUCGGUGCUCGAGCGGUUCCAGAACAAACGCAACGGAGGCGAUGUCGAGGCGGGCGAUUUCGACGAGUCCGAACUCGAUGACCUCCAUUCUCCGGGUCUGGAUCGGGAGCAUUACUCGGUGGGCGAGGACAGCGACGAGGAGACUCGGGCAGAACAUGGCCAGCAAUCCUCCGCUCGGACGGGAGCCGAUCAUUUAUGA